AUAUUAAUAAAAAUUCUUUUAUUGCGCUUUCCCUUUCUUUCCGUCUCCUUCUCCUUUCUAUUAACACAGAGCAAAGUGUACACAGAAGCUUUGAGCGAAAUUAUGAAGGUUGUGUCAAGGUUUCACCUUCAAACAAUCCCAUUUCUUGGCGUCGGCAUCUGCACCGAGACUCAGAAAUCAAUUUCCAAAACCCUAAUAGCAAUUUCAUUUGUGUCUAGAAUCUGAGUGGUGUUUUUGGUGUAAUGAAACUGAUGUGGAAGUAAUCAUAUGCGAAAGAAAGUGGGUUAGGGGAAGAUGCCACAAACCAUCGAUGAAGUGUUGGUACCAGUACCACUGAGACAGAAGGAUAUGAGUGAGUGAGAUUUGAAUCUGUGAAAAUCAUUCAUAAAGGAUCUCCACUUCUCUAGAUUAUCAAGGGCUACUCAAUUACUUGCUCCACCAUUCCCUCACGCUCAGUGAGAAAGCGACAGGAAACUGCUGAAAAUUGAGAAGAUGAAGUGGCUUCUGCUUUUGCUCAUCGUCGUCUGCGAUGCAGUUCCUCUACAAGGACUCACCACAAAUGUCUCUGCGAGACCCAAAGUUGUGAACAUCGGCUCCGUUUUCACAUUCAAUUCUCUCAUUGGUAGAGUCAUCAAAGUUGCUAUGGAAGCUGCUGUUGAAGAUGUGAAUGCGAGCCCCAGCGUUCUUAACAACACUCAACUCAGGAUCAUCAUGCAUGACACAAAAUACAAUGGAUUCAUGAGCAUGAUGGAACCUCUGCGGUUCAUGGAGUCUGAGACAGUGGCGAUAAUUGGGCCUCAGAGAUCAACAUCCGCUCGUGUAGUAGCUCACGUAGCAACUGAACUAAAAAUUCCUAUACUGUCCUUCUCUGCAACAGACCCUACCAUGUCUUCUCGGCAGUUCCCUUACUUCGUUAGAACUUCACAAAAUGAUAUUUUUCAGAUGGCCGCCAUAGCAGACAUUGUUCACUUCUAUGGUUGGAGAGAAGUGAUAGCAGUUUAUGGGGAUGACGACUAUGGCCAAAAUGGGGUAGCUGCCUUGGGAGAUAAGUUAGCAGAGAAGCGCUGCAGAAUAUCAUACAAAGCAGCUUUGCCCCCCGAACCUACCAGAGAGAACAUCACUAACUUGCUGAUUAAGGUUGCUUUGAGUGAGUCACGGAUCAUUGUUGUUCACGCUUCUUUCAUCUGGGGCCUAGAGGUGUUCAAAGUGGCUCAUAAUCUUGGUAUGAUGAGCUCUGGUUACGUGUGGAUUGCUACCAACUGGCUUUCUUCUAUCAUAGAUACAGACUCUCCUCUUCCCUUGGACACAAUAAAUAACAUUCAAGGGGUCAUUGCACUGCGCUUGCACACUCCGAACUCCGUCUUGAAGAAGAACUUCGUUCAAAGGUGGCAUAACUUAACUCAUGUUGGACUGAGCACGUAUGGACUGUAUGCUUAUGACACUGUCUGGCUGCUUGCUCAUGCCAUUGAGGAUUUCUUCCAAAAAGGUGGAAACGUUUCCUUUUCGAGCAAUCCGAUUAUAUCUGAGCUUAGGGGUGGAAAUUUGCACCUUGAUGCUUUGAAAGUCUUUGAUGGAGGAAAGAUAUUUCUUGAGAGCAUCUUACAGGUUGAUAGAAUCGGCUUAACUGGUAGGAUGAAGUUUACUAGAGACAGGAACCUUGUAAAUCCAGCAUUUGAUGUGCUUAAUGUCAUUGGCACUGGUUACAGGACCAUUGGUUACUGGUGUGAUCAUGUGGGCUUGUCUGUGAUGCCCCCUGACGAGCUGGAGAACACAUCUAUUUCGCGUCCGAAUCUUCAUAGUGUUGUCUGGCCAGGACAGACAACACAAAAUCCCCGUGGAUGGGUGUUCUCAAACAAUGGAAGGCAUUUGAGGAUUGGAGUUCCAAAUCGUUACAGGUUCGAAGAGGUCGUCUCAGUUCAAAGCAACGGAGUCAUCACUGGCUUCUGUGUUGACGUCUUUGUUGCCGCUGUCAGCUUGUUACCUUAUGCAGUCCCGUUUGAGCUUGUAGCUUUUGGGAAUGGUCAUGACAAUCCAAGUAACUCUGAGCUAGUGCGCUUAAUAACCGCUGGGGUCUACGACGCAGGUGUUGGUGAUAUCACUAUCAUAACCGAGAGAACCAAAAUGGCAGAUUUUACUCAGCCGUAUGUGGAGUCAGGGCUAGUGGUGGUGGCUCCUGUUCGGAAGUUGGGUUCCAGUGCUAUGGCGUUCUUGAGGCCGUUCACUCCCCAGAUGUGGUUUAUUGCAGCUUCCUCGUUCCUCAUAGUCGGUGCAGUCAUUUGGUUUCUGGAGCACAAACAAAACGACGACUUCCGAGGCCCUCCUCGUAGACAAGUCAUCACUACUUUCUGGUUCAGCUUUUCAACUCUGUUCUUCUCGCAUAGAGAGAGUACCAUCAGUAACCUUGGACGAAUGGUGCUGCUAAUAUGGCUAUUUGUUGUUCUCAUAAUCAACUCAAGUUAUACCGCGAGCCUCACGUCAAUUCUCACAGUUCAUCAGCUGUCUUCGCCAAUCAAAGGCAUAGAAACUUUGGAAACAAACAAUGAUCCUAUUGGGUAUCCACAAGGCUCGUUUGUCAGAGACUAUCUGGUUAGCGAGCUCAGGAUCCAUGAGUCAAGACUGGUCCCUCUUCGGUCUCCAGAGGAAUAUGAGAAGGCCUUGAGAGAUGGUCCAGGAAAAGGUGGUGUUGCUGCUGUUGUUGAUGAACGUGCUUACAUAGAGCUUUUCCUCUCAAACCGAUGUGAGUUCGGCAUAGUUGGUCAAGAGUUCACAAAAAACGGAUGGGGAUUUGCAUUCCCACGUAACUCGCCUUUGGCGGUUGACGUUUCAACGGCGAUUCUGCAGCUAUCAGAGAAUGGGGAUUUGCAGAGAAUACGAGACAAAUGGUUGCUAAGGAAAGCUUGUUCCUUGCAAGGCGCGGAGAUAGAAGUGGAUAGGCUGGAGCUUAAGAGCUUUUGGGGAUUGUUUGUGGUGUGUGGACUGGCAUGCGUUCUUGCUCUUGCAGUGUAUACAGUGUUGAUGAUACGCCAGUUCGGGCGACGACACCGUCCUGAAGAAGCAGAGGGCUCGAUAAGGAGAAGAAUCUCACCAUCCGCACGUAUCCACUCCUUUCUCUCCUUUGUGAAAGAGAAAGAAGAAAACGUCAAGGCUUAGUCCUCUAGAGAAAGGCAGCUUGAAGAUAUAUAAGUAAAUGGCUCUAAAGUGUUUCCAGCAAAUUAAAUGCACCAGAAAGACCUCAUAAUGGCUCCAGUAUGUACUAAUCCCUCUUUGUUGAGAUCAAACUCUGACUGUAUGUACUCUCAUGGUAAAUUUGAUUUAAUAUCUCUGAAGAUGUACAACAGUCUGCUUCUCAUCUCAUGGUUACAAAAGGAGAUAUCUCCCAAUUUGCAACUACGGCAUUAAGAAUCCAAGAAAGCCUCUAUGUAGCCUAACCAUUAUAGAAGCACAAGCCAGUGGCAUGGAUUUGUUAUUAUUAACGUGUUCAAAAUACAGCAGGAAAGUUAAAAAAAAAAGGCAACAGAGAAAAGAAAGUCAGCCAUCAGAGAGAAACGAAGCUGCAGCGUCUUGAUGUUUUGCACCGACAGAGAAGAACUCGGAGAUAACUUCAAGGGGCAUUCCCUUUGUCUCUGGUACCUUGAGGUACACGAAGACCCAAGCAACAGCGCAGACACAUGCAUAAAUGCCAAAUACUCCCGCGAGGCCUAGAGAUUUGAGCAUGACGGGAAGAGUGUAAGUGACGAUGAUGUCACAGAUCCAGAAGGUGAGGGCACAGAUGGUGAUGCAGAGACCGCGCACAGAUGUAGGGAAAAUCUCUGAGCAGAGGAUGUUCGGGAUUGCUCCAAAACCCAUGACGAAACAGCAUAGGUACACCAUAACACUUAUUGUCGAUAUCAAUGCGUUUGCUGUGCCUCCAAGCUUCACCAAGCUCCCUAUCACCAGCGUUACUAGCGACAGUAUUAGAAUGGGGAUUGUGGAAAGCAUCAGAGACCUGAAAUCACGCUUUGAUACUAUACAUCCAUUAACCUCAUGGAAACAAGAAUGCAAGGAAGCAUCACGAGUGUGGUUAAAGCGCUUAUGAGGAGCGAAGCAGACUCUGCACUUAUUCCAAGGUUUUUCAAAAGACUCGACACACCUGUUUCUUCCAAUAUUUGAGUAUCUGAAGCCCAACUCCAACUAUCAACGCUCUCUGCACACCAGGUUCCUUGAGCUCCCUCCAGCCAGGACCAGCCUUGAUCUCCUUUGGCAGCAUUGCAGUCUCGCCUUUGAUUCCAGGAAUCAUCGAAGCUUGGCUCACAAGUGCAGCAGCCUGAAUGUAUCCGUUAUGCUGAUCAGGACAAUCAGCUUCUGUGUGGAAGGAGAGAAGCGAUCCACGUCGCGAGAAGCCAGUGUUGUGGGCGUUGUUGUUGUUGUUGGCAUUCUCCUCGUGAAUAUACAUUCUCUGCAAUCCUCCAUUGACCCUCUUACCAUCCGCACCAACCUUGUCGUUAUACUUCCACGCCAACUGCCAUCCACCGCCUAUGCUUGUAGCUGUCGCCGUCUCACCCACGUUCGCCAUGAAAAGGCUGCUCUGUCUCCUGUGCAUGGUACCAACGGUCCUCUGGUUGCUUUCAUCCGGCUCAGUGGUCUGCGGAGAAAGCAGAGGACUGUUCAAGCUUUCAUCUUGGUCAGAGCUGUCUUCGUUGUUCCUCUCUGGAUCCCACUGAGCCGACUCCUGCCUUCCCACCAUUCCCAGUAUACUUCCCAUGUUGGGGAAGAUCAUGCUCCGAGAUGAUGAGUUCAUGUUCUCUGCAGGGAUUUUCUCAUGAAUGCUACCAAAGAGAGUGACAACUGGGUCGACCAGGGAUGCGCCACGCUGUAACAUCAUGCUUCCUUGUCGGGAGGCCAGUGCCAGAGAGCUGUGUCCUUUCACUGGCUUAGCCAUCCAAGACUGUCCAUCCUCUGGGCCGUAUAGCUUUAUCUGAUCUUUCCUCGGCAGUUCAUGUCCGCCCUCGCAUUCCUCGUUGUCCGGUCCAAUCACAUAUUCUUCUAUCGACGUGUCUUUUCCCACCCCGAGCCCUUCCACAAGCAGAACAAACCUGAAACAUCUUCUCUUUCACGGAGUCUCUGCAGAACCUGCCUAGCUUCAUCCAUCCGUCCUUUGCUUACAAGCCACCUCGGAGAUUCAGGCAAGAAGAAAGCCGCAAGUGCAAAGGAGAACAUGGAAGGGAUUGACAAAACUCCAAGCAUCAGCCUCCAGCUCGGAGAUUCUUGAAGUGACAUCCCAAACACAAGACAAUACGACAGAAACAUCCCGCCGGAUCCACAAAACUGAGGGAAAGUGUUGAGUAAUCCUCUGAUCUCGGAAGGUGCGGUCUCCGAGAUGUAAAUGGGGACGAGUGUCACAGCUAAACCGAUUCCAAAACCAUCAAGAAGCCUAGCGAAAAGGAGGACGUAGACAUUGGGAGACCAAAACAUGACGAUGCUGCUCAGAAAAUAGAGAAGAGAGGAGAGUAUAAGCAUCGAACGCCUUCCUACUCUGUCAGAGACAGGACCAGAGAAAGUUGUGAUCAAGGUGGCUCCGAUGAGAGACAUUGCUACAAUCAGCCCUUCUAUCUUUGGUUCUUUCUCCAAAUGAAACUCUUUCUUGAUGUAAAUCACAGCUCCUGCCAUGGUGGCAUUGUCCCAGCCCUGCAACAUAUUCCCUAUCGCAGCGGCCAAAGCAACAAGCACUACGCUCCUCAUCUUUCUUACCGAUCAAUAACCGAGUUGACAAAACAAUCAUAUGAUUCUGAAUACUCUAAUGUCCUAAAAUCAUUUCUUUUCAUUAACCGAGAAGGAGAGAAAGGAAGAUUAACAAAAGAAUGUUUUGUUAAUCUAAUGGUUAUUACGGUUGUCAAAGAUGAGUAAUCAGAAGCAUGAUAAGUGGGUAAUAACGGUAAGAGAGGGAGAGAGAAAGAAAAGUUAGUUUGGUCAAGAGGAG